CACUACCCUACUCCGGGCCCCCACGAGCAACUGCGUCCGCUAUCGAUAUCCGCGCACACGCCCCCAGCGAAAAGCGCCAUGACGACCGGUUAUGUCGGAACGAACCCUGCAGACUCUGCGGUCGCGAAGGGAUUCCCCCAUAAGGAUCCAUCAUCCAUGACGAACUAGGUACUCUAGUUAAACUGGAAUCUGGAUAGCAGUUAAAAUGGAGGGAAGAAUUCCAACUUAAAACCAACGUCCCCGCCAUCAUGGCAAUGGAAGAUGCUGGCAAGGGAAAAGGAAAAGGAACGAUAGAAAAUGUCUUCGACAUCACCGGUAGCAGAAUUCUCCCAGGGUAGCGUAGAGAGCGCCGCGCAUGCGCCAAAGGCGGCUGAUAACGUCGACCUCGAAAAGACCACGACCUCGACACCAAUAGAGGCCGAGGCAUACUCGGUCUUCACGCGCCCGCAGAAGCGAUGGAUAGUGCUUCUCGUGGGGAUAGCCUCCUUCUUCUCGCCACUCUCAGCCAACAUCUACUUUCCUGCACUCUCCUCCCUCUCCGCCGACCUCAACGUGUCUACAGAGUUGAUCAAUUUGACUAUAACAAGCUAUAUGAUCUUGCAAGCUCUCGCACCUAUGCUGAUCGGCGAUCUGGCGGACACGCUCGGUCGCCGACCCGUGUACAUUCUCCUCUUCGUCAUCUACAUCGCCGCAGACAUCGGACUGGCACUGCAACGGGCGUAUCCAGCACUACUAGUCCUGAGGAUGCUCCAGUCGACCGGCUCGUCAGGCGUAAUCGCCCUGGCCAGUGGCGUGGUAGCGGAUAUCGCGCACGCCGGCGAGCGCGGCGCCUACAUGGGAGCCGUAAACCUCGGCGCCAUGUGCGGGCCUGCCGUCGGCCCGGUGAUCGGAGGAGUUUUGGCCGACAAGCUGGGUUGGUGGUGGAUCUUCUGGAUUCUUGCCAUAUGUGGUGGAGUGUAUCUGGUAUUCCACGUCGUGUUCUUCCCCGAGACGGGGCGGAGCGUGGUCGGGAAUGGGUCCAUCCCGCCACCGCGAGUGGAUGCGAGCCUUCUGCAGCUGCUCAAGGGUUCGAAACAUCCCAUCGACACGCCGCGGCCGCCCCGGCCGAAGCUCCGUGCGCCGAAUCCGAUGGCUAGCUUGAAAUUGUUGUUGCAUAAAGAUAUGGCGCUGGUCCUCUUUAUCAACGGUAUAUUCUACACGGCGUUCUACAUGAUCAUGGCCUCACUGCCGUCUGUUUUCGCCGACAUCUACGGCCUCACUCCGCUGCAGGUCGGCCUAUGUUACCUCCCAUUCGGCGUCGGGUGCGGUAUAGCCUGCAUCAUCGCCGGGCGGUUGAUGGGCCGAGACUACAAAAUCAUUGCGCAGCGCUGCGGGAUAAAGCCGGAUGCGAAGCGCGGCGAGGAUAUGCUGAAGUUUCCGAUCGAACAGGCGAGGCUGAGGAGUGUUUUCUGGUCGCAAGCUCUGUUCAUGGCCGCCAUCGUAACUUAUGGCUGGUUGUUGCAUUUUGAGACUCACCUCGCAGCGCCGUUGUUCCUAACAUUCGUCGUCGGUGUCGCUGGCACCUGCGUGUUCACCGUCCUCAGCACGCUGGUGGUGGAUCUGUACCAGACGCGCCCCAGCAGCGCAACAGCGUGUAAUAACUUUGUGCGCUGCCUGAUGGGUGCCGCCGGAACAGCUGUGAUAGAGAGCAUGCUCCAGGCCAUGGGACGCGGUUGGUGUUUUACGUUUGUGGGCAUAGUGUGCACGCUUAUGGCACCGCUGUUGUUUUUGGAAUGGAAGUAUGGCAUGCGGUGGAGGGUUGCGAGGCUGACGAGGGAGAAGGAGGCUGAGAGGGGGUAGUACCUAUAUAUAGGGUAGGGCCAAGGGAGUGGUGAUGGGUAAUAGUAGGCUGAAUGUAUACCUGUGUUAUGUAACGAUAGACUCAUCUAGGUCCACUAAUAGAUCUCGGAAUGUGAUGAACAAUACUACUACUUGCCACGGCAGG